AUGGCCCUCUUCGAUUGGAACCGCGAAGCCGACGCCGCCGUCGGCGACGAAGCGGCCGCCACGACCAAGCGAAGAGGGAAAGGGGAGAAGAAGGAGAAGACGAAGGAGAAGGCGAAGAUGAAGGGGGAGGAGGAGAAGGUGAGCGAGGCAAAGGGGGAGGGGGGUGGUGCGGCGAGGAUGCGGGUGGAGCCGAACGCGCUGGAGGGGAACAUCUGGAGCGACCCCAGCACGAAGCUCUUCUUCGGCCGCGCCGGCUGGACUCCCGGCCAACUCGAGAGCGAACUCCAAGAAGGGACGUGGUUUGUGGCGCAGCCGGAGGGGACCGAAGUGGUGUUCCCGGAGCCGCCUCUGUUCAGUGCGACGAGCAUGCCACCGGGGAGCGUGGUCGAUGUGGCCGACCGCGACAAGCAGUCGCAGAUGUGGGCCGACGUGCUGCGCGACAUGGGCGGCCGCUACGCUCCGCUCGCCAAGUUCGCCCUGCCCACUCUGCCUCCCGGCGGCGGCGACGAGGAGGACCAGGAGAGCCUUCACGGAGAUGAAGGUGACGACGAAGAUGAAGAUGAAGACGACGAGCGCUGA